UUGGGUUUUGGGAUGCAGAGGAAUCCAGUCGUCUAAAAAGUGGAGUCAACAAACAGAGACCAUGGAUGCAUAUACCAAGCAACAUCCAAGCGCACCAUUUGCCAGAGCAGAAGUCGGGGUCUUUUGUCAAGAACCACCCCGGCUUGGAAACCCAUAUCUGGAAGACGCUUUCCUUCAGGCUUACCUGAAAGCACAUCUACCACCCAAGGUGUUUACUGAAAUGAGUCCUGACCUCGAGAGGUUUGGGGUUUGCCUGAAGAAUGAAAUUGACCUCUUGGGACGCGAGUGUGAGUUAAACCCUCCCAGGCUGCAGCAGUUUGAUGCCUGGGGUCGGCGUGUGGACCAAAUUAUCACCUGCGCAGCCUGGAAGAAGAUGAAGGAGAUCUCAGCCAAGGAGGGGUUGAUUGCUGAGGCUUAUGAAAGGCGAUACUCCAGCUGGAGCCGGGUUUAUCAGGUAGCCAAACUCUACCUGUAUGGACCUUCUGCCGGCCUCUUCACAUGUCCUCUGGCCAUGACUGAUGGAGCAGCAAAAGCAAUUGAGUCCUUGGGUAUUCCCAGACCUGUGCAAGAAGCUUAUGCCAACUUAACAUCACGUGACCCCAGGAAGUUCUGGACCUCUGGCCAGUGGAUGACUGAACGCAAAGGGGGCUCUGAUGUUGCUAAUGGCACCGAGACAGUUGCCCGGGAACUACCCGAUGGCAGCUACACCCUUCAUGGUUUGAAAUGGUUCACAUCAGCCACUGACUCGGACAUAAGUCUGACCUUGGCGAGGGUCAUGACUGCUGAGGGGCAAGUAAAACAGGGCUCUAAAGGCCUAUCUCUGUUCUACCUGGAAACACGGGAUAAGGAAGGGAAGCUGAAUGGAAUCCAGAUACAACGGCUGAAGGAGAAGUUGGGCACGAAGCAAGUGCCGACAGCUGAGCUCUUCCUAGAUGGAGCCAGGGCGCACCGGAUCUCUGCUGAGGGUCGAGGUGUGGCCUCCAUUGCUAACAUGUUGACCAUUACCAGGAUCCAUAAUGUCAUCUCUGCAGUUGCAAGCAUGAGAAGGAUGAUCACUAUGGCAAGGGACUACGCCACCAAGAGGGAGGCCUUUGGGAAGCCCCUUAAGGAGCACCCCUUGCACAUACAGACCUUGGCGCGAAUGGAGGUGCAAGUCCGAGGAGCAUUCCUCCUUCUUAUGGAGAUAAGCAGACUGCUUGGGCUGGAGGAAACCAACAUGGCCACUGAGCAGGAACAGCACAUCCUCAGGUUGCUCACACCUGUUGCAAAACUUUACACAGGAAAACAGGCUAUUGCUGUUAACUCAGAAGGGCUGGAGUGUUUUGGAGGGCAGGGCUACAUGGAAGACACAGGCCUCCCAGCUGUUCUCCGGGAUAGCCAGGUGCUGACCAUCUGGGAAGGAACAACCAAUAUCCUUUCCUUGGAUGUCCUCCGCUCCCUCAUCAAAAGUCAAGGAAAAGUGCUGGAUGCAUUUUUCUCUUCUGCACAGGCCAAAUUGGAGGCAGCUUUCAGCCGCUCUGAACUGAAACCUUCUGUACAAACAGCUCAAAGUGCUCUCCACAAGCUUGGCCAGUUUGUUCAGAAAGCCGGCUCGAAGGGGGAAGCAGGGAUGCAGCUGGCAGCAAGAGACUUUGCCUACACUCUAGCCCGGAUAUAUGGAGGAGUGCUUUUAUUGGAAUAUGCCUCCAGGCCCAAUGCCUCAACUACAGACGUUGUUGCUGCUCAGAGAUGGUGCCACCAAGAGCUUUGCCCUAUAGACAGAGAAGACAAAGUCGGCUCAUACAACACUGAAGCACCUUUUCUUGAUCUCUCUUUGGUUUAUGAUGGAAGUCCAGUUCUGCAAGGAAAAUUGUGACAGAGAAUCAAAACAUUCCGUGCACCUGCUUGGAAUAAAAAGCAACUGGUGGUGCAGACACAGUUCUGUGUAUCUGAUAAAACAAAGCCAUGAAAUGUAAUGGUGAUUGUUGGCGUGAAUGAAUGAGUGCAUGCCCCACAGCACUGACUAAUCUUCCUCUUUCUAGCAAUGAAAUAAAAGUGCCCCAAAUAUUGUGAACUUUAGUUAGGUAGAAAAAUUUUAUAGUUCUAAUUUAAAAAGAAGCCUUCAAAAGUUUUUAAUCUGCUGCCCAGAAAGCAAGAUUUUUGUUGAAGUUGGUGAUCCUAGUGAGGCAGCUCCAUCUUCCUGGACUCACAUGGCUUCAAUAAUGUAAGAAGGCUCUGGCCUUGAUAAUUUCUUAGUGCAGCACUCAGCACUUAAGAGACAAUCAAGUCAUAUUCAUUUCCAAACAAGGAGCAUUACUUCAUGUGGUAUCUGGACGAGGUGGUGGCAAGAAUAAAAAAUCUGCAUGUACUGACUUGCAGGCCUACCACACCCCAUUUCCUUUAACCACAUCUAUUAAGACCCACCCCCUCCCAAA